GAAUGUACAAUUGAGCAAACAGUUAUCUUGGCUGCUGCGUCAUGGCGCUGAAAAGGAGGGAUUCACAAUGCAGCCAGAUGGAAAUGAGCGACUUGGAGACCCGCACAAAGCCCUCCCAGGACGAUUCGGUGCGCUGCAAGGUGUGUGAAGCUACCUUCAAUACCCUACAGGAUUGCCUGGCACAUGAGCUGCUCAAGCACACAAUAAAGCCGCAGAAGAAGCUGCGGAAAUGCCUGGACGCAAUCACAAAGCUAUUUGCCAGCGAACAAAUCCAAUGCGAACGUCGCGUGCUGAAGGCGACUCUGGCCCAGGCGCCGGCCGGACAGCAUUUGCGUGCCAUAUUGACAUUCUAUGCAGGCAAUUGCAGCGAACUGUCGGCUUGCUUCUCCCAAGUGCGCGGCACCCUACAAAAACAGUUGCAGGGUAGAGUGAAAGUUUAUCCCUUUGGCUCCCUUGUAACGGGGCUGGCUUUAAAAGAUAGUGACAUUGACUUGUUUUUGGAACAGACGGACGUUAGCUCGAAUGCCAUAUCACAUCGCCAAUUGUUCAACAAGAUCUACAAUUUCUUGCGUCGCAGCGAAUGCUUUCAGGAUGUGUUCGCCAUCCGGCAUGCCCGUGUGCCCAUCAUACGCUGCAAGCACGUCUACAGCGGGCUGAGUCUGGACAUCAAUAUGUCCAGUCCGAACAGCACGUACAAUUCGCGCUUUGUCGCCGAACUGCUGGGCAGGGAUGUGCGAAUGCGUGAACUUUUCCUAUUUCUCAAAUUGUGGGCCAAGAAGCUGAAGAUCAUCGGCAGCGGCAGCAUGACCAGCUACUGUCUGAUCACCCUGAUCAUCUUUGGCCUGCAGCAGCAGAGGCUAUUGCCAUCGAUUAAGCAGCUGCAGGCCCGAUGCCCCGUCGUCGAGGUCAUGGGCGUCAACUAUGCCUACAGCUUCCAGCAGGUGCGUCCCAUACCGGCCGACGUGACCUCUUUGGAUCUCAUAUCCGAUUUCUUUGCGCUAUACCAUAAAAUGGACUUUGAGAGGAAGCUGUUGUCGCCCUACUUGGGCUAUGCGCUGGAUAUCAACACAGCUUUCUCGGUGCCUGGCACUUUUCCCGAAUAUGAGCAGCAGCUGCAGGCGAUGGCAAAGGCGACGGGCGAGCAGCCGGAGCCGUUUCAGAGUCAACGCUGCGUUUGUGUGCAGGAUCCCUUCGAGAUGCAGCACAAUGUGGGCCAGUCCAUUUCCAUUACGAAUCUCUGUUACCUGCGCGAAUGUUUGGUCUUGGCCCAUCAAGCGUGUUGCGAUAAGAAGCUUGUCGCAGCGCCGGCAAAACUUUAUGACUAUUUAAUAUUUGGCCUGGCCGAGCAGCUAUUGCAGAGCCAAAGGAUAGAGCAGGGCCAUCCUGCCAAGGUGCGAAGACAAGUGUCGACUAGGGAGCAGCAGCAGGACGCAGAUAAACCCAAGAUGGCGAAAACAACCCAGAUUGUGGUCGACGCAGCACCGAAGUCAUCAACUCCAGCACCAAAGCCUGCAAGAGAAGCAAAGCCAACGAAAGUUCCUACAACUGCUGACAUGCCAACGGAACCGCCAGCAGAGCCGCCAGCGGAAUCGCCAGCUAAAUCAAAUGAUAAGUCCAAAGAAAGACUGUCCUCGACAAGUUCCGUGGAUAAUGGACCGGUCAUGUCGAUGCAUGUCCACAUACUGAAGCCCACGAAUAACGACCUGAAGAGCUUGCGGGCGGAUUUGCUCAGCAAAAAGACGAAUACAGAGCAAACAAUAUUUUUCUAUUGGGCCGAGUGCUAUGUGGAUGCGAUCAAGGAUAUUCUAGUCAAUAUAUAUGGCUUAACGUUGAAGCAGAUCGAGCCGAAAGAGGAGACCCAAUCGAUCGCUGCCCCUCAAACACUGCCGCCACAAUAUACCUGGCUGAUCAAUACCUCGGUGGAUACUUGGAGUGCGCGAAACUUUCAACGCUCCACCAAACAGUCCUUCUUUGCCCAGCAGCUGCAGCAGACCAUCGAGUUCAUCAAAACGCGUCCGGCGAAUGCGAAUUUCGUAGUCAAUCUGAACGGACGUUUCUCGGUGAUCAUUGGCGCCGACUACAAGGAGCUGCGGCUGGAACUGCAGCCGAUGUCAAGCGAUGCUCUGGGCCUGCAACGACACAGCCCAUUGACCAAGUUCUUUAAAUCCCUGAAGAACAUGUUGUGCAACUACAAUUUUAAGGAGAAAGUCAUUAGCAUGCAGUAUCAGCGCUGAGCGCCAAAUAGGCC